AUCUUGAACGAUCUUCCAUGGACCCACGCACAGCAUCAAGCGCAAUAAAGCAUUCGAGUAACGACAGAUAAAUGAUCUAAAUCGGUAGGGAGGAUCAUGAUGAAUAACUUUGCGUUAGAUAACAGUCUAUACAAGCCAAUACUAAUCCUCUUUGUUCUUCAUGGCCCCAUGCGAUGGAUUAACUUCGUCAUGAAUCUUUUACGAACUCUUCUACGAAACUCUAUAAUAUUUUAGAGCUGAUACGGCUCGUUUAAGGACUUGCUUAGAUGAACUUGAAACCAAUCCCGGUCGCUGGCACAUACUGAACCGUCAUUAAUGUGUGUUACAAGUGGGGGUCUGGCUGUUAGGCACGAAAACAAGAAACGAAAUUCUUAUUUGAUACUCCACGUCCAACUGAGAACUCUCCUGGAUUUGGCGCUCAAAAGAAGCCGUUCUUAAACAUUUUCUUUUUAUAGUUUAUAGGUCAGAGUAAGUCGAUCAUUUUGGAUUCUUUCUUCGUCUUCCAGGAAGAGGUUGAGUACUUUGGUUUUAUGACUUGAUCAGGGACAAAACUUGAUAAAACGUUAUGAAAACUGAUUCAACUGCUAUUUGACAAUGGAUGCCAAAAUUCUAUUCGUGACUUCUCAGUAAUCUGUGCAGUUGCUAUCGGCUUGUAACCCACUACAUUCUUCAGACUGUACGUCUUCUACAAACCGCAGUCAAUUGACCCGCUCAUAUCUUAGAUUUUCUCCCCAAAGACGCCACUGAAUUUCAGCUUCAGAAUUGUGCUAGAAAUAUUCAAGGACAAGCAAGAAUCUGCUAAAAAGACUCAACUAUGAGGGUAAAUGCUUGUUUGGUCGUACUCGUUCUCGCCUUUCAGAUGAGCCGAGGAAUCAUAUCACCCGGGAAACGCGUCAGAAAAGCCAAUUCAAGCAGUCCUGCCCUUCACUGCACGUUUAACACAGUUAAAUAUAACAUCUCUCAGACAUGGUACCCGUUACUCCUACCGUAUGGCUACUUCAGCUGCAUCAAGUGUGUUUGUGAGAUGUCCAGUGAAGGCGCUAAAGUCGUCUGCAAAAGAAAAGAAUGUAAAAAGUUAACAUGCGCAAACCCGCACAUCAAAGAUGGUGAAUGCUGCAAAAAAUGUCCAGGUUCAUCCCAGUCUCAAUACUCACAGCAGUCUGCUAGCUCAUGCUCCUACAUGGGACGUACGUACACUCAUGGCAAGGUGUGGGAGGUACCCACUGAUAACAGUGAACCAAAUCAGUGCACUGACUGCAGUUGUUCGGAUGGUUUUGUUUCGUGUGCUAUCCGUACCUGCCCUAAACAAACAUGCAGUAGUCAGCCUGUCGCCUCUCCGAAUUCUUGCUGCAAAGUUUGUCCGUCCCAACCCAAGUCUAAAACACCCUAUAAACCAGGGUGUUGGUCUCUAGGACGUCACUACCAAGAGGGCGAGAAGUGGCAUCCAUUACUCGACGCAUAUAAAACCAAGUGCAUCAUCUGCGUUUGCAAGAAUUCAUCGAUUCGAUGUAGGAAAAUACCUUGUGAUGGGCCUGACUGUAUACCACGGUGCUGUGAAAACUGCCACGCAGGUUCUAAGGUCUCAACCAAGGUACCUCCGAUGAAGACCAAUCCAGUUACCCCUCAAAAGCCAGCAGUACCCUACCCUGAUUGCAACUUGAUGGGAGUGCACAAACACAACACUUCAUGGACGCCCAUUGUGGCAGAUUCAGUCUCGAAUUGUAUCAAGUGUGAAUGUCUGUUUUCUAAAGUUCGAUGUUCAAGGAUAUCUUGCCCCUCGUCGUACCCUUGUGCCAACCCAGUUGUGAGAUUUGGCGAAUGCUGUAAAUUUUGUGAAGGGUUACCAAACCGGUACAACAAGCUUCAAACCAAACUUCGACACUGUGGAUCAGCAAAGUCCUGGAACGUCUAUGAAUACGUGCCUAAAACCCGUGCUCCCUCCAUUCAGUCCACAAAAGCAACUCAACAAGAUCCUCAGGAAAUAAGAGGCCACUUUGUUCUCGAAUCUGUCCAGAAGCAAAAGAUAGAAAUCCACACGCUGAGAGCCAACAGGACGCAUAAGACGGUGCGAGUGAAAGCCAUGUAUAGGACAGCCUUUAAGAAAAACAUGUCACCUUGGAUGACCUUGAAGCCCAUUGGGGUCAUUAGAGAUGGAAGAAGACGAACCAUUGAGGAGAAAGAAAAGAGGCCGUGUCGAGUAGGAGUGGAUUGUCGUAAAGAUGUGAAAGCAUUGAUGAGAAUGGUUCGCAUCCGUAGUCGUCGAUGUCGAGCCGUCAUGACAAUACCACCAAUCUCACUGCUAUGGUUAUCAGAGAGUCUUUAGACCAGGACUUACUUGAAGACCAUCUUGUUGGAUGACAGAUAAUAGAUGUCAAAUCUUUUCCUGCCCUUCAUCAUAGGUGCCAUCCUGAGAUUAAUGGAAAUCAAAGAACAGAGUAGCUCACAGGGGAUUGGUACGUCGUCUGCAUUGUGUCAUGCAGCCAAAAGGAGAGUUAGCGAACAUUAAGCCCUCAAUGAACUAAAUCGCAUUACAUUAGCUAGUUUAGACAACGUCGAAUCCAAUCCAAGAGAAAGAUAUGCACCAGAGUAAAUACAAAUAGUAUUGAGCACAAUUCACGAGUUUAUCGGCAUUUUACUCUCCCUUGCCAUCUACUCUUCUAUAUGAGCUUUGCUUCAGAUCUACAAAGCCAAAAGAACAAAAGAUGGUAUGUGAUAGUAAACAUGCUCAUACUAUGCAUCACAUAAACUGGAGGAAAACAAAAUAAGAAGAUAAUAAUAAGAAUCAAUACCAAACACAAAAGUAAUAAUUACUUCUUAAUUAAAAAAAUAUCUGAAAUGAAAAAACAAAUGUGUUAUGUUUUAUUCACAAAAUGGUCAAACAAAUUCAACAACCCUGAAAUAAAUACACUAACAAUUCUC